AUGGAACCGAGGUAUACAAGCAUAUACACAACAACCUACAAUAGUAGUGAAGAAAUCACCUACAGUCUGAGAGUGGGGAUUAACGCCAGCUACUUCGCGGCGUUGAAGUUGUCGUACGAUGGUGUAUUAAGGUGGUUGAUCUGGACUCCGGGAGCUGGAGGAGUGAAGGCCCAAUGGGAGUUACCUGGCUGUCCAUGUGACAAAUACGAGGCAUGUGGACCCAACUCUUAUUAUUUCAUGAAUCCACUACAAACUUGCAAGUGUUUACCAGGGUUUCGCCAGCAAAGAGAGACGCCAAACGCUCCCCAUGGGUGCGUGAGGGAAUCACGGCUGAGCUGCGGCAUCGAUGAUGGGUUUCACCGCCUCAGGAACAUGAAACUUCCACAACUUUAUCUUUACGAGACUAUACUCAACAUGACACUUGGUUCCGAGGAAUGUGAGGAGAGGUGCCUUAGCUAUUGCAACUGCACGGCGUUUGCCAAUGCUGAGAUGCCUAAUGGUGCUGGCUCAGGUUGUUUGAUGUGGACUGGAGAUUUGAUUGAUCUUCGCACUUACACCAACGACCACCAGGGUCAAGAUCUACAUGUCAAGGUCUCGGCUGCUCAUAUUCGUGAGUUUUCUCUACCUUUCUCUUAUCCCAUUUUUACUAUCGAGCUUAGGCCUUAG